AUUGACAUUUAUAUAAAAUGUGGUGCAGAGCCAGAGGUUGGAAUUUUGCGCAAAUCGCAAGUGAAAUGAAAGUACCGAGACGAGAGGUUAAAUUGAUAGUGCAAUAAUUUUGCAGUUAGUAAAGAGUACUGUAGUAUCUUAGAUUACCUUGACCUAGCCUUGAGUUCGUUGUGAUCUUACGUUCAAAGUUUGUUGUACCACAUUUCUCAUUCAUAAAUUCCUGUUGCUAUGGCUGAGCCUCAAGAUAUUUUGUUGCAAAAAAUUAAAGAGCAAGGCGAUCUGGUGAGGAAGUUGAAAGCAGCGAAGGAAUCCAGUGAAAAGGGUAAAUCAAGUCAAGAUCUUGGAAAAAUAAAUAGACACCUCUCUGAGUACAGUUAUAUAUCUGGCUAUGUGCCUAGUAAAAUUGAUGUUGAAUUACAUUACAACUUAGAAAGUAAUUUAGAUUUCCAAAAAUACCCUCACUUAAAGAGAUGGUGGAACCAUAUGCGGAGCUUCAGUGACUCAGAGAUAGCUUUGUUUCCAAUUAUUCAUCCAUCUCAUGAUAUAGUAAAUGCAAUAAAGGGCAACAGGAAAAAUUUUGAUAUACAGAUUCAAGAAGAGGUAUCAAAAUUGCUCGCUCUAAAGGCACAGCUGGGGUCUGAAGAUGCUGCACCAUCAAAGUUUGUACUCAAAACUGCAAAAGGCACAAGGGAUUACAAUCCCCAGCAGAUGACGAUCAGGAAUAAUGUGUUACAGAAGAUUAUUACAGUGUUCAAAAAACAUGGCGCAGAGUGUAUUGAUACACCUGUGUUUGAAUUGAAGGAAGUUUUAACAGGAAAGUAUGGAGAAGAUUCAAAAUUGAUAUAUGACUUAAAAGACCAGGGCGGUGAGAUCCUCUCCCUACGAUAUGACUUAACAGUGCCUCUAGCGAGAUACCUGGCAAUGAAUAAGAUUAAUACACUGAAAAGAUAUCACAUUGCCAAAGUUUACAGAAGAGAUAACCCCGCUAUGACGAGAGGGAGGUAUAGAGAGUUCUAUCAAUGUGACUUCGAUAUAGCGGGACAAUACGAUCCUAUGGUCCCCGACGCAGAGUGCCUCUUGGUCGUUACGGAAAUAAUGGACGCCCUAGACAUCGGCAAGUAUGUCCUCAAAGUGAACCACAGAAGGUUACUCGACGGAAUGUUCGAGGCGUGUGGCGUACCUGCUGAUAAAUUUCGCUCCACUUGUUCUACAGUUGAUAAACUGGAUAAGUCCCCAUGGGAAGAAGUCCGUACUGAAAUGAUAAAUGAAAAAGGGGUACAGCCCGAAGCGGCAGACCGUAUUGGCGAAUAUGUGCGCCUCAAUGGCGGAACAGAGUUGGCAGAUAAGCUAUUACAGGACGAGAAGUUAUCUAAAAGCAAGAGCGCGGUCGAGGGACUAGAAGGCAUCAAGCUGUUGCUUCACUAUUGCGAGCUGUUUGGAAUUAAGGACAAAAUCCUGUUCGAUUUGAGCCUCGCGAGAGGCUUGGAUUAUUAUACAGGAGUUAUUUAUGAGGCUGUGUUAACACAGCCAAUCAAAAUCGGCAACGAGGACCAAACUGUUGGAUCGAUAGCAGGCGGAGGUCGAUACGAUAACCUCGUUGGGAUGUUCGAUUCUAAAAACAAACAGGUCCCUUGUGUAGGCGUUAGUAUAGGAGUGGAGCGCAUAUUCUCGGUGCUCGAAGCGAAGUUAGCCGCGGGUGACAUCAGUGUACGGACGAGUGACAUCGAUGUGUACGUCGCGUCCGCGCAGAAAAACUUCCUCGAAGAAAGGAUGAAGAUAUGCGCAGAGCUGUGGAAAGCUGGAAUUAAGACUGAGCAGUCCUACAAAAAGAACCCAAAAAUGCUGAAUCAGCUACAACACUGCGAAGAAAACGGAAUCCCGCUCGCUGUUAUUCUAGGCGAAUCCGAACUCAAACGUGGAUUGGUUAAAAUACGUAACAUUUCCACUAGGAAAGAGGAUGAAAUUCCUAGGGCGAACCUUGUAGACGAACUGAAAUCUAGAAUUGAAGUGUUAGAUAUAAAGGAAAUGAAUGGACCGCUUCAUAAGUAAAUUAGCGAUUGCAAUAUUAUGUACAGUUUCAUUAUUAUGUAAAGUGCCACUGUCUCUGUUCAGCUAAGUGAUUCGCGGACUCAGUGUCUAACACUGAAUGUUAGCCACCUAGGUUGGUUGGUUUUACAUUGCUGCUUCACUGUGUUAUCAAAAUAAUUUUUCGUAGAAAGCCUUCAAUGGAUUGAUAAAUGAGCUCUGUGACUACCAUUCAGUGUGAGAUACUGAGUUUGCGAAUCACCACGCAAGCGGGCGAAAUUGAAACUAGGGCCGCGUCAGCUGCCAUUCAAAUUCAACUAAGUCGCGAGCAUCAGCUAGUAUUACAAUAUAAUCAUGCUAUAUUGAAUCUUCGCUAUGUUGAAAAAAUUUUAAUUGAUUCAUUUUAUCUUGGUUUUCUUAAAUAGCAAUACUAAAUUCUCCACUAGCAAUGACGUCACCUGUAGCCUAAACAGAGUUGGUGGCAUUGUACAAGAUAAACUAUUCAUCUCGGCAAUCUUCGUUUACUCUCGGAACUAAAAAUCAGAUACCUAAUGAAAAAUUUCAAGUCUAUGGUAAUUCAAUGGAUUUUUCAAGAUGGUAAUUUCAGCCCGGCCAACUUACAUUUGGGGAACUAUAAUGUGAAAAGCAAGUAUGUAUAUUUUUCACAAAGUAUCGUAUAAUGGGUAUGGGUCUAUGGGCUGUGGUACUCUAGUAAGGAAAGGAUUGCCGAGGGGAAUAAUUAAUUUCGAAUUAAAACCGUAAAACAAUUUGUACAAAUUUUACAUUGUGAAAAAUGUUUUCACUUGGUUUAAAAAGUUAAAUUGCUUUUUAAAUCAUGUGAAAUAUUAGUUAGAAAAGCGAUUUGUGUAUUAAUAGCAUUUAAAAUUUUCUUCAAAUUAUUUGAUGACACCAAAAACUUUUUGUAAUAAAAAAUCGUUUUUCAUUAUUAAACACUCUCGAUUCUUUAAUAUAAUCUUCUGUUGAUCUGUUCGUAACGUACCUAUACGUGAGCGCAACAUUCUUCCGAUUAAGUUGAAACUUUUAACAGUUGUUCUUGGGACCUGCGGGAAGGUUAACAUAGUGCUGUCAACGUACAAUAAGUGGCAUGCGAGUGGCAUUGUAAUGCAUGCCGUACAUAGAUGUAUUAUUUAUGCUAACUUUAUGAUGCCGGGCGUUAGUUAGUAAAAAAAUAAAAAAACGUACGUAGAUAAAAAAUAACUUCUAAAUAAAAUCGUUUCCAGUGAAAAGCUGAGCUUAUUAAUUUAAAGGGUUACCUUGUUUUUUAUUCAUAAAGUUUAUUUUAGUCAAAAUUAAUUCAUCUACGUUGGUAAAAUCCUGAAAAUUUGAUCUAGAUCUCAUAAAGAGCCUGGAAUUUAAAUGAUUGUUUAAUUUAUUGCUAUUUAUUGUGGAGUAUUCCGUACUUACGUGUUUGCGUACGUGCGUGCUAUCAUAAGUUUACGAAGGAGCUAAAUAAAGCUAAGUUUAAUAAAGCUUAAGGUUAUGAUAUUUUAUUUAUUUACUUUUAACAAUUUACGUUCCUUUUUAAAUAAAUGCAUUUCGUUUUUUUUACGUUCAAAAUAUCUGGUAAACGAAAUAAUUUACGUGGGUAUUUGCUUUUACUAGUUAUGAGGUUCAUGAUUAUGUAGACCGUACCAUAUUUUUGCUUUCAAACUACAUUUUAUGUUAAUUUAUUAGGUAUUUAGAUUCUAUUAGAAUCUACAGCAUUAUUUUAUUCAGUGUUACCGAAACUAAAAGAUGUUUGUUUAUAUUAUGCUUUUACUUUAUUAUUCGAAAGUAUUUAAUAAAUCGUUUUUACCGUA